AUGGAAACAUUUACAAAAGAUAAUGAAAAAAUAUCGGUUUGUAUCUUGUUCGCAAAAAGGUCUGAAAAAUGUUUGGAAUUUAAAGCUUGUAGGGAAGCUAGAGCUGAAGCGCAAGAUGAAGU